AUGUUAAAGCCAAUUACUUUAUAUUCAUUCGGUACACCAAAUGGUUUUAAGAUUAGUAUCUUUUUGGAACUUUUAAAAAUCCCUUAUGAAGUUAUCAACGUUGACAUCUUAAAGAACGAGCUGAAGUCUGACUGGUUUGUGAAAUUAAAUCCAAACGGUCGUAUCCCAACCAUUACUGAUCCAAAUUUUGAAACUGGACCUAUUACAAUUAGUCAAACUGGUGCUAUUUUGCAAUAUUUGGCUGAUCAAUACGAUAAAGACCACAAGUAUUCCUACCCACAAGGAACCGCUGAGUAUUACAAGACUUUGGAGUAUCUUAUUUUCCAAGUUGCUGAAAAUGGUCCAAUUCAAGGGCAAUUGGGUCACUUCAAAAUUUUUGCUGCUGAAAAAAUUGAAUACGCUAUCAAUCGUUACGAAACCGACACCAAAAGAAUCUAUGGCGUAUAUGAAGAUAUUUUGUCCAGAAACGCUGUUAAUGGAAAUAAAUAUUUGGUUGGUGAUCGUUACACUGUUGCAGAUAUUGCAUUGCUUGGUUGGGCUGGUUCUUUAUCCAAAGUUGGAAUUGACAUUCACACCUGGCCAUUGUUGGGUAAAUGGUUUGACAGUCUUUGUGAAAUCGAAGCUGUUAAGAAGGGAUUUUCUGUUCCUCCAAGACCUAAACUUUCGUAA